CACUCUCUCGCACGUUGGGAUUGUUGCUGAUUCUCGCUCCUCCAAGGCAACAAAGGCCAGUCGAAUCUCUCAAGUUCAAGUGCCCUCCCGCUUGCCGCGCAUUCCUCAAAUUCAUGACCGAUAAAUUGCCUGUGUUGUCCAAUUGAAAUCAUUUUGGACUAUGAACUCGCGGGGAGGCUUUUCCCAUUGAUUGGUAUUGCGUGAAUCAACCGGAUCGUAGCUUGUGGUGAAUUAAUUGAUAUCGGCAGUAUAUCAGGAAAAUUGAUUGACUUUCCUAGAUGCUUAAGCAUCAGCACGAGCCGUGAUUGUGCACAUUUCCAUCGUUUCCAUGCGGAUUUCUCUCCGUUUUAUCAUUUACACUUUGGUGUUAUACUUGCGCGCAAAAAAAGACCAAUUGGACCUGCUUGUCUUCCUGGCAACUUCGCCGUCUGGCUAGUAUCUUUCCAAGCACCGUCUGCGUGUUUUCAUCUUCCACCUCGUUCCUCAUUUCAUGCGCAUUCCAACGAUCUGUGCUGAGUGCUAUAUAAACAAGAAUCGAGGCAUUUCUACGGAAAAAUGGGUGUCUCUGUGAAUUUGGUGAGAUUCACCGUGCCGAAAUUGCUGCCCUUCUUCGCCACCUUCGUACUUUACUUUGUCCUUUCGACGUAUGACACGCGCUCAGAGGUGUGGUCCACAGUAGUCAAGUGCGCCCCCAUCUACUCCCUAAUCCUCUUCAUCCUCCUGUACGGCGUGCACAACACCAACACUUCGUACACAUAUAAGAUUCUCGCGGGGCUCUUCUUCAGUAGCAUCGGCGAUCUUCUGCUGAACAUCAAUCUCUUCGAGUUUGGCGUGUUGGCUUUUGCUGCAGCUCAAGUGGCCUUUAUCGCGGCCUUCGGUUUCCGGCCACGGCGCUGGGACAUCGGCUUGACCAUGAUAAUGGGCUCUCUAGCCGCCCUGUCCGUCCUCCUCAACUCCAUCAGCAGCACCUUGCUGCGAUUCUGCUUGCCAGUGUACUCGUUUCUCCUUGUCACGAUGGCCUGGCGUGCCGUGGCACGUGCUUCUACAUACAAAGACAAAACGGAGUUGCCCAAGAUCCUAGGCGCAAUUGGGGGUGUUCUCUUCGUAAUAUCAGAUGGAUUUUUGGCAUUCAACAAAUUCUACGUCAACAUUCCCUACGCUGUGAUUCUGAUAAUGGUUCCAUACUAUCUGGCCGAAUGCGGAAUAGCUCUCAGUGUUGUCGAUUACAAAUAUUUACCCGUACAGUGAGGCCAAAGAGAGGAAGAAUAAGCUCAUACAUACAUCAUUGGAAAAUAUUAUUCGUCUUCCAUACACUUUUCUUCCCCAUUGUCGAUAUACUAUUUUUUAACGACUCAACUCUACAAACAUGGUGAUUUGUUAAUGCAAUCUCUUUAAGUAAAAAGUGCAACAAUAAAGUGUAGAAAAAGCGA